AUGGCGGAAAGCCUUCACACUCAUGCGAAGAGCGGAACUCUCAAUCUGAAGAACGUUGGCCAACUGCUCAUCCAGGUGGAAGUCAAUGAUGAGGAUAGCUAUGGUGAUACAGCCCUGGACCUGGCAAUUCGAAAUGGCCAUGUGGGAGCAGUAAAGCUGCUUCUGCAGAACGGUGCGGAUGCCAACCGAGUAUCUCCGGAUGGCAAGACACCCCUCUAUGCGGCCACUCAAGCACCAAACAGCGGCCGCAUUGUCGAGCUUCUGCUCAAGCACAGCGCCACGCCAGAUGAGCCGGUCUCACAGCUGAAAGGUGACACUCCGUUGAUGUCGGCAAUCCGACAAGGUACUAGCCCCGAGGCCAUCCGCGCCCUUAUUCAAGCUGGAGCGGCCAUGGACAGGUCAAACGAGCUUGGCGAGACACCUGCGACACUUGCUGACAGUUCCACCAACACCGCUGUCCACAAGGCCAUUCGCCCCAAGGAUGAGAAGCCAGAAUGGAAGCCCGAGUUGGAAAAUCUUCUCGUUAGCUCCGGUCUAUUUGCCCUGGCAUUCUUCAAAAACUUCAGGGAUGUUGGCAAGAAUGCCAUAAAUCGCCUCUCCGCAUUAUCAGAACCAUUACCAGGGCAAAUUACGAACCCCCGCACGGCGGAGGAUUUCAAGUCAAACCUUCAUAAUUUCAUCAACAAAAAGGGCCUUGAGGACUUCUACCCAGAUGGCAAUCAAUAUGUUGCCAAGGUAGCAGAGAACGCAGUCAAGAUUCUGAACGAUCCAACUUUCCCGGGUGCAACACCCGAGAAUGUGACUAUCAUGUCCCGUCAGGCAUUGUACCAGCCUGUCCUGUACUGCGAUGACAGUGGCUCGAUGAAGGAUGAUGACCGCAUGAACCGUCAGGCAUUUAUGGUUGAACGGAUCGCAAGCCUCAUCACGCAGGCUGCACCCGAAGAGGACACGCUUGUUCAUCUUCGCUUCAUCAACAAGAAAGACAAAUUUGAUAACCUUAAACCUAGCGAGCUUUCCUCGAAGAUGAAAUUCACCCCGGAUGGGUCGACCAAGCUGGGUACGAACCUAAAAGAUAAAGUCUUGAAUGACUUCCUCUACGGGCCAGUUAACAACGGCCAUGUGUUGUCGCGACCCCUUCUUAUCCUGACAGUCACCGACGGAUGUCCGAACCAGGAGCCUACUGAGACGUAUGAAAAUGAAGUUAGGGCAUCGCUAAACUUUGUGAGGGACAACGGCUACGGAGAAGAAGCCGUCCGGUAUGACCUUAGCCAGGUGGGCAACGCGGCUGAGGCUACUCAAUUCUUGGAAAAAUGGCAGAUGAAUGAUCUUGUCCCCAAUAAUAUCAAUGUCACUGCUGAACAUUUGGAUGCCCAAUUCGAGAAUCUCAGAGAUAAUGAUGCUGAGCUUAAUGAUUGGAUCUUGAAGAGACUAAAUGCGAGUAACCCGAUCGUUUAUUAG